GGCGCCGCCGCCGCCGCCGCCGCCGCCGCCGGAGCGGCUCCCAGCCCCGCGCCCGCCGCCACGGCCACGGCCACGGCCACGGCCACCACCACCGCGGGCCAGACCCUUCAUGUGGCCUUUGUAAAUAUGGUUUGAGACAGAGAGUGAUAUGUAGAAGCUGAAAAAAUGGCUAGAAGAUUUCUGUCCCUCCUUUUCCCGCCCAUUUGCAUCUCUGCCUGAUUCGGAUGAUGUGACAUUCAGAGAGACAGCUUCCUCGAAGUCGUCCUUCAAGAAGACCCGUCGGCCCAAGACUGGACGUACAGAAUUCAGGAUGGCCAGUCAGCCACCAGAAGAUGCCGCGGAGUCUCAGGUCUCGGACGAGCUCGAGUGUAAGAUCUGUUACAACCGGUACAACCUGAAACAGAGGAAACCCAAAGUGCUGGAGUGCUGUCACAGGGUGUGUGCCAAAUGCCUCUACAAGAUCAUAGACUUCGGGGACUCCCCGCACGGCGUCAUCGUCUGCCCUUUCUGCAGGUUCGAGACCUGCCUGCCGGAUGAUGAAGUCGGCAGCCUGCCCGACGACAACAACAUCCUGGUGAACUUGACGUGCGGCGGCAGAGGCAAGAAGUGCCUGCCCGAGAACCCCACCGAGCUGCUGCUGACCCCCAAGCGGCUGGCCUCGCUGGUCAGCCCUUCCCACGCGUCCUCCAACUGCCUGGUCAUCACGAUCAUGGAGGUGCAGAGGGAGAGCUCGCCGUCGCUCAGCUCCACGCCCGUGGUCGAGUUCUACAGGCCCUCCAGCUUCGACUCCGUGACCUCCGUGUCGCACAACUGGACCGUGUGGAACUGCACGUCCCUGCUCUUUCAGACGUCCAUCCGGGUGUUGGUGUGGCUGCUGGGCUUGCUGUACUUCAGCUCCUUGCCCUUGGGCAUCUACUUACUGGUGUCCAAGAAGGUCACCCUCGGGGUGGUCUUCGUCAGCCUCGUCCCCUCCAGCCUCGUCAUCCUGAUGGUGUACGGCUUCUGCCAGUGUGUCUGUCACGAAUUCCUAGACUGUUUGGCACCGUCCUCUUAGUCCAGACCCACGCUCAGAAAUCUCACACACAUCUCCGUGUUUCAAGUUAGGUCAUGUAGCCUUUCCUUUCUCGCAGAUUCUCUGUGAUCGGUGCCCAUGGUGCGAACAAAGCCACUGGGCAUAUGUUUGUGGUCCUUUUUCCAUCAAAAUCUUGACUCGGUUGGUUUUCCGGUGUGCUGGAGGUAAAAAUGUUCGUUUCUACUUACGUGUUAGCCAAAAAGAAAAAGGGAUCAGCUUAAGCCUUCCUAGAGCUCUUCUCCCGAGUCUUUCCAGAGAAAGGGCAGGUUCCGCUCAGAGCUGCUAGACAGACACCAGGGCCAGGCGUGUUGUGCUGCCGUAGGGGGUCUUUGUGGACGAUUAGGUAUGAACGGAUUCCUCUUCUCAUAAGCUUAGCCUGGGAUGGAGGGUGGACGCAAGAGGAGAGUAGCCCCAAGACACGUCCGUUUGUGCGGUGCGCAGCCCCGGCCCCCGCCCCCGCCCCCGCCCCCGCCCAGCUGUUGGCACUUCCGGGGAUGCUCUUCAGCAGGGAUGCUGGUUCCCUCUGCGCAUGCUCCUUGCCAAGAGGAACCUCUGCUCUCCUGUGGUUUUAAUUAUAUACCUGUUUUGCCACGUUACUAAAGAAAAUUAAAAACAUUGAGGAAUUUGCAUCAACUUCCAGGUAGAAUGUGGCCACUUGUUUGUGAGACACGCCCUUUCCUCCACGUUUAUUUUCCACUCUCCAGCCUUCUCUGAAAUUCUCACAGAGCAGUUAUUGUUCGUGGAGAUGUGAUUUGAGCUUUUCCUUAAAGCAUUUUCACUUAGUUUCAUUUUUUUUUUAAACCAUCUUGUUCAGUCAGCCCCAUCCCUUACCCUGAGUGAGGUUCCAUUUAAAUUAGUUGCUAUAACUUUAUGUGGAUUUUGUUUUUUUCCCAUUGUAUUUUAAGUUCUGUUAUGGAGUCAACUUAAUCCCAUAACAAUUUGGGGUAAAUUGCAACAGUGGAAACCCAGAAACAGUUCAGGAGCCGUUCGAGCUCGUGGUUUGAUGUGCUGAGAACCGAAGUAUUUUGCUGUGCUUUACUGAGCUGUACCAAAAUAUAAUGGUUUAGGUUUAUGUGCCCCUGUGUUGCAGUAGGUCAGGCAAAAGAAUGGGCAACAAACACGCCAAGCUGACGCCCUGAAUGGAAAAGACCCUUCAAGGAAGUAAUGUGGAGGGGAGGAGUGCAAUCUAACAUAUUGCCAUCCCUGCUAAGUCCCUUUUAGAAUGGAUUCAAGCUCUUAUGCAGUUUGUUUCAAAUAAAAGCAUAAGCUAUGUGACUUGAGUUAAUGAACUUUUCAUGAUGUAGGGGAAGUUGAAUGUGUGUAUUUAUGAGAAGACAUUGGUUAGCAGAUUUUAGGUCUGAGGGAAUAGAAUGUCCACAGAAAGUAGGCAAAAAAAAAAAAAGCAUUUUAGUCUAAAACGCAUUACAGAUGAUAAACAUUUAAAUAUUCAUAACUCUUAGAAAGGGGCAUUACUAAAUCUGCUUUAGCUUGUUUGUGGUGAAACAUUUGUUGCGUGAAAUACAGUGGACCAGUUCCAAUCUCUUUAUUCAGGAAAAAUUGACACAUUUAUAGAUUAGUAGUUUGACUUUAAUUCUGUAACUAUUAACUUUGAGAACAUGUAUGCCCAGGGUAAAUAUUACAGGAAAGUGUAUGUGGGAUGUGGCCUGAUGAAUUUAAGCCCCGAUACAGCUAAGUACAUUUCACGAAAUCUAGUUUAGAUAGCAUUGUGAAUGCAAUUUCCAAAUAUCCAUUUGUACCUAGAGUAAAUAUAAUGUUUAGAUGUUUUGUGGUUUGGAUUUAUAUAUUUAUAAGAUUUUUUAAAAAUGUUCAUUUUGCCUGAAAUGUAGCAUCAAAUAAAUUGGUGAGUUAUCAUAGGAUGACAUUUCUAGAAAGCUCUGGAUUUGGGUAGUAUGUAUUUUGCUUAUUUGUAUAAUGUCUGCAGUGCUCAAUUUGUGUCUCUCUUUGUAUUGUGAUAGUCUUUUCUUCCUUUCCUUUCUUUUUUUUAGUUGCCAGUAAGUUAAUUUGGUGUUAAAGAGUUUUAAAUGUAUGACAACAAAAAAGUUUUCAUGCUGUUGAAUGAAAAAAGGACAGUGCUUCAAUCUUCUAUUUAUUGUGGUGAUGUUUUGUUUGUCCAUUAAAUUGUUAUUAUUUCCAA